CACUCGAUUGGUCGAGCCUGAGCGAACAUGGCGGCGCCCGUAUAACCAAGGCCGUACCGCGAAGGCGACGGCGGCCGUGGGGCGGGUCCCUUGGGGGUCAGAAGCCAGCAUGCUGAGGGCGGCGUGGAGGGCGCUGAGUUCGAUUCGGACCCAGGCAGUGACCCAGGCCCCAGUCCUCGGGCUGCCGGGCGGAGGGUGCGCCAAGCUUCUCUCCGUCCAGCGGGACCUUCCCUCACGUCCUGGAGGUCUCAUCCUCCGGGCGGCCCGCGGAUAUGCCACCCAGAAACCAGUCCAGCCCAGCCAUGAAGAUGACCCGCUCCCUUCUAUGCUGCUCAAGGACUACCAGGACAUCCCUGGAAUUGAGAAGGUUGAUGAUGUCGUGAAAAAAAUCUUAUCUUUGGAAAUGGCCAACCAGAAAGAGAAGCUAAAAAUCAAGAAAGAGCAGUUGAUGAACAAGGUCGUGGAAAACCCUAAGGACACCGGCUCCCUGGAGGCUCGAAUUGUUGCCUUGACUGUCAAGAUCCACAGUUAUGAAGAACACAUGCAGAAACAUCGAAAGGACAAAGCCCACAAGCGCUAUCUGCUGAUGAGCAUUGACCAGAGGAAAAAGAUGCUCAAAAACCUCCGCAAGACCAACUAUGCUGUCUUUGAGAAGACAUGCAGGGAGCUGGGGAUUGAGUACACCUUUCCCCCUCUGUACUCCCGAAAACCCCACCGCCGCUGGGUGACCAAGAAGGCUCUGUGCAUUCGGGUUUUCCAAGAGGCUCAAAAGCUGAAGAAGCAAAAAAGGGCCUUAAAAGCUGCAGCUGCAGCAGCUCGGAAACAAGGCCAGAAGAACCCAGAGAGCCCUUCCAAAACUGGACCAGAGGCAAUCAGAGAAAACCAAUAAAUGUUAAAAUUA